UGUGGGGUGGCGCCUGUUCCCGCCGAGGGCGCGGAGCCGCCCCUGAGGGAGGACCGCGGCGCGCGGUGGCGGCCGGUGAGGGGCCCGAGCUGUGGUGAGGACAAGACCACAUUAGUAUUGUGAAAGCACUUUGGAAGAAUGUUAAUCCUCUUCCUAUUCAAGAACCACCCGUUUUCUCUCUUUUCCUCUGUCAGCAGUCUGCCUGGAACAUCGACUGUCACCAUGGAUACACGUGCGUUCUUUGUAGCAGGUCUGCUGGUACAUUUGGUGUUCUUUGCCUCCAUCUUUGACAUUUACUUCACCUCUCCUCUGGUUCACGGUAUGGCACCUCAGUUCACUCCAUUGCCACCACCGGCAAAACGACUAGUUUUAUUUGUUGCUGACGGACUACGAGCCGAUUCCCUUUUCGAGCUGGAUGAAGAUGGGCUUUCUAGAGCCCCGUAUAUCAGGAAUAUCAUGAUGAAUAAAGGCAGCUGGGGGGUAUCCCACACACGCGUGCCUACAGAGUCUAGGCCUGGACAUGUUGCACUCAUAGCUGGAUUUUACGAAGACGUCAGUGCCGUUGCAAAAGGAUGGAAGGAAAACCCUGUGGAAUUUGAUUCACUUUUCAACGAAAGCAAAUACACUUGGAGCUGGGGAAGCCCAGAUAUUUUACCGAUGUUUGCCAAAGGUGCUAGCGGAGGCCACGUCUAUACACAUUCCUACCCAGCUGAGAAAGAGGACUUUGGAGCACAAGAUGCCACGAGGCUGGACACCUGGGUUUUUGACCAAGUAAAGGACUUCUUCCACUCUGCCAGAAGUAACCAGUCUUUGUUUUCUAAGUUAAAUGAGGGGAAAAUAGUUCUAUUCUUGCACCUGCUAGGAAUAGACACAAAUGGGCAUGCUCACCGACCAGCGUCAAGAGAAUAUAAAGAUAACAUCAAAAAAGUUGAUGAUGGAAUCAAAGAAAUUGUGACCCUCCUUGAAGGCUUUUAUGGAAAUGAUGGGAAAACGGCUUUUGUUAUCACUUCUGACCACGGAAUGACAGAUUGGGGGUCCCAUGGGGCUGGUCAUCCCUCAGAAACGCUAACGCCCCUAAUUGUUUGGGGAGCUGGAGUCAGCUAUCCACAACGAAUGGACCAGCAACAGUUUGAUGAUACUUUUUUAAAAGAAUGGAAACUGGAGAACUGGAAAAGGCUGGAUAUCAAUCAGGCUGACCUGGCACCACUGAUGGCCGCCCUUAUAGGAGUCCCUUUUCCCCUGAAUUCUGUGGGCAUUUUGCCGUUGGAGUAUCUCAACAGCAGUGAUCAUUUCAAGGCAGAGAGUAUGUUUACAAACGCUGUUCAGAUCCUUGAACAAUAUAAGGUGAAAAUGAUGCAGAAGAAAGAAACCACAUUAUCAUUUCUGUUCACACCAUUUAAGUCACUUUCUGAUUCCAAACAGUUGGACAUUUUGAGAAAAGCAAAAUCUUACAUGAAGCAGGAGAAGUAUAAUGAAGCUAUCUCACUUUGCAAGGUGCUGAUUGACUUGGCAUUGGAAGGCUUAAACUAUUACCACACUUACGACAGACUCUUCUUGGGUGUUAGUGUUGUAAUGGGGUUUGUCGGUUGGACGUCUUUUGCUACUUUGAUAAUAAUCAAAUUUCACUCCAAUCUGAUAACAAGUGUUGUGGCAAGAACUAAGAAAUCAACUGUGCUUCUGCCAUGGGGCUUUGCAGCUCUUGGAGUUUCAAUAGCGUUUUUCCUGCUGAUUCAAUCCCGUCCCUGGACUUAUUACAUAUACUGCUUGUUACCAGUGCCAAUAUGGUAUGCAGUUCUGAGAGAAUUCCAUGUUAUUCAAGACCUUAUCACAUCACUGUUGACCUUCCCUGUGAGUCAUUCUGUUGGAUUUCUAAUAGUCUUUGCCCUUGGAAUUGAAUUAUUAGUUCUCGGCUUUUUCUACCGCUCUAUGCUUACAGUCGGUUUGAUUGCACUUGCUGCCUGGCCCAUUUUUACCCAACUCUGGACUCGAGCACAGAAAGCCUCACUGAGCUGGGCUUUUUUCUGUCUGCUUCUGGCAGUGUUUCCCCUGAUGCCUGUUGUAGGACGAGAGCCAGCUGUGUUCCUAGUCACAGGAGCCGGACUCUCAGUUGCCUUAAUAUCCCUGUUAUCUGUGGCAUCUCUUUGGAAAAGCAGGAAUAAAUAUGUCCACGAGGAUUUGUCAUUGCACUUUUGUCAGGUGCUGAGUACCGGGCUGUCUACCUACAUUGUGAGCAGUACCCAUAGCAGUCUGCUCCUGAAACAGGGUUUGCCCCUCCUGAACCAAGUCGGUAGCUGGCUUAUCCUAGCUUCUUCUUUGGUUGUGCCGUUACUGAGUCCCACGAUUCUCUUCCAAAGACUGCUCAGCAUACUUCUCUCCUUGAUGUCAACUUACCUGCUGCUCAGCACAGGGUAUGAAGCUCUCUUUCCACUAGUGCUAUCUUGUUUGAUGUUUGUUUGGAUACAUGUGGAACAAGAAACGUUACAACUUUCUGGAGUUUCCUGCAAACAGAAGCUCACUAGCAUCCGUUUCUCCCAUAAUACUGAUCUAACUCAGUUUCGACAACUCCACUUGGACGACAUCCGCAGGUCCUUUUUCUUCGUUUUCUUCAUCGUGACGGCCUUUUUUGGGACUGGAAACAUAGCUUCUAUUAACAGUUUUGAUCCGGCUUCUGUUUAUUGCUUCCUGACUGUGUUUAGCCCUUUUCUGAUGGGAGCCCUGAUGAUGUGGAAGAUUUUAAUUCCCUUUGUCCUCGUGAUGUGUGCUUUUGAGGCCGUUCAAGUCACCACACGGUUAUCCUCUAAAAGCCUCUUCCUCGUUGUCCUGGUGAUUUCAGACAUUAUGGCCCUGCACUUUUUUUUCUUGGUCAAGGACUAUGGAAGCUGGCUGGAUAUCGGGACCAGCAUCAGCCACUAUGUCAUCGUCAUGUGCAUGACCAUCUUCCUGGUGUUUCUGAGUGGGUUGGCACAACUGCUCACUUCCAAGAAAAUCCACAUCGGCGGGCAGGCCAAGCGCCAUUUCAUGUGAGGUUGUGGUGAUGUCGGAGCAGCCCUGCCCCCGGGGGUCUUCGUUUCCUCUUGGUCCUCCUGUUGAGCCCUUGGGAGGGAAGAAGGAUUGGCGCAUCAUCCGGCCUCGCCACGGAAGGAUUCACCUGGCUUUAGGAAGCUAGAGAACAGGCUUAAAGGAAGAGCUGUUCCACAGUGGGACUGAUGGUCAGACAGGCAAAGAAGUUUCCGCUGAGCUGCCCUGGAGCCCAAUUUGUGAACUUGCCAGUGGGGAUUCAACAGACCCAAGAAGAGCACCGGGACCUGUUCUUCAGUCAGUCAAUAGUAUUUAUUGAGCUCUUACUAUGUGCAGAGCACUGUUCUAAGCGCUUGGGAGAGUACAGUGUGAGAGAAUAAGCGGAUGCGUUCCCGGCCCCUGACUAGCAUCUUCCCUAUCUCUCCCCUGGGCCUCAGCUCCUUCCCAGCAGCCGGCAUCCUGCACUGCAACGUGCCGGCACUCGGCUCACCUCGGGGCGAGCCCUGCGGAACAGCUGUAGCCGUCCCGGGGGGCGGCAGUGCUAGCGUUUGCCGCGGGGGCCCCGCCAACUGCAUUCCCUCCAAGGCCUGGGACGGAGUAGGGCCACCAUUUUGGAGUCUGCCUGCUCUUUGGUUCCCAGUACUGGAAAUGUUUAUUUUCUAAAAUCCACACCUCAGGGUCACCACCUGAAAAAACAAGACGGGCACGCGUUUAAAAAUAAAUGUGCACUUCCCCUCGGAGUGCCCACUGAACAGUUUUGACAUCAGAUUUCAUCUGCGUAAUCGCGUGAUAGGCCCCUUCAUGGUCCACUGGGUUUCACCCAGCAGCGGCAGUGGCAAUAAUAUUUAUUGAACUCCGUCUGUGUGCCCGGUACCGUCGCAGCCGCUGAGGGAAUCUGUGGAAAAAACAAAUGAGGCCCCUGCUGUUAGGUGGAGUCCCAGGAGCAGUAAAAACGAGUUAAACUAGAACCGGGGAAUACCUGAUUUCUCAGUGAAUCCGAUGAAGACAAAUCUUAAUAUUUUGUUUAAAUGCAGAGACCAUGCGUUAUGCCCGUUACCCUCUUCUAAGAGUUGUGCUUGUCUGAACGGGUCACUUCCUUGCCAAGCCAGAGGACCAGAAUUAGAGAACCUCAAGAACUAGUGUCCGGCAAGAAUGUUGCUAGCAAAUGGAACUGCGCACAUUUUUAAACUGUGAAGUUUCAGCCCCAAACCUAAAAUCCUCAUCCUUCCCUGCCCCCAACCACCCCCAGAUAGUUUAUCCCUGGAAUGCUGCUUUUUGAAGGCAGCCCUUCUCAGGCAUGCCGAGCCACGGAGGAGCCAGGAAAUCCUCCCGUGGACUUGGCCUUCAGCUCUGCUCAUCGCUUUUCUGCCUUUUUGCAUCUUCUGUUUGUAUGUGGCAAGCGAUGGCCUUGGAAAAGCGUGAAAUAAAAGUUGCUCUGGGGCAUAAUUCCCAUAGAGAGAUGGAAUUCUCUGGACUCCAAGUAGAACUUUAAUUCCCACUAAUGACUAGAAAGCCCAGUGCAGAUUAGCAGACUUUUCAAAUAGCUGGGGCAGCAAACCCAAUUCAUUCAGGACCGGGGAAGCCAUGUGGGAAAUGUUCCUUUUCAUAGCUUUUUUCAAAAGAAACCUGGUUGGAGAUUAUUCAAGCUAAUGCGGCCUUCUGCACACGCCAGGGAUCCGGAGUGGCUUUCUUGCGAAACAACAACGGUGGUAUGAGGCUUGAAUGAUGCUUGCUGCCGGUCCGAGGACCGACCCGACAUAACUAAGGUUUUGUUUUGGAGCAGUUGUCUCUUCCCCAUGGGAUUUUACGCUAGAGAAAACUGUCUACUGUGCACCCGGCUUACGUUGGGAGGCUCCGGCGCCGGGGGCCGAUGUGUCAUCUCGUGGCCCACAGGCACUAUUGGAAGGGGCCCUCGAAACCCGUGCUGCGGGGAACCCCGGGCCACAAGUCUGUAGCCUCACCUUCUGCACCCUUCUCCUCCUUUUCAACCUUCUCCUCUUCCUCCUCCAUGUCCCCCAGUCCCAUCUGUCCCUGCCCAAGCCACUCAAGAUCCUCUGGAGUUCUCAGAAGUUGGGCCUGAUUCUGCUGGGGAGAACCAGCUUCGUGUUUCAUGGUUCACCAGGGCCUCGGAUAUUCGGCAGUGCAUUUUUUUUUUAAUCAAAAGACCCGAAAAGGAAGAAUGCGGGGGAAAAAAAUAAAGUCGUGUUGAAAGCGUACACCGUGCCGCUGUACUUAACUACUUUGUAAGCAUCGAUUCUCGUGCCAGAGAGUUUCCAUUCAUGACUUGGGGUAUUUGCUGAUUAACAUUGUUCACACUAUUAAGAUUUAGCAAA